CUCUCCCCACCGCAGCCCAAAUUCCCCAAUCUCCUCCCGCACUCAACCUCAACCCCAAUCCCCACCUACCCCAACCCCAUGGCGCCCAAGGCGGAGAAGAAGCCGGCGGCGAAGAAGCCCGCGGAGGAGGAGCCCGCGGCGGAGAAGGCCGAGAAGGCGCCCGCCGGGAAGAAGCCCAAGGCCGAGAAGCGUCUCCCGUCGGCGGGCAAGACCUCGGCCAAGGACGGCGACAAGAAGUCCAAGAAGAAGAGCAAGAAGAGCGUGGAGACGUACAAGAUCUACAUCUUCAAGGUGCUCAAGCAGGUGCACCCCGACAUUGGCAUCUCCUCCAAGGCCAUGUCCAUCAUGAACUCCUUCAUCAACGACAUCUUCGAGAAGCUCGCCGGGGAGGCCGCCAAGCUCGCGCGCUACAACAAGAAGCCCACCAUCACCUCCCGCGAGAUCCAGACCUCGGUCCGCCUCGUCCUCCCCGGGGAGCUCGCCAAGCACGCCGUCUCCGAGGGCACCAAGGCCGUCACCAAGUUCACCUCCUCCUAGGUUCGCCCGCCCCCCCUCCUGGUGACCGCUGUUGAUCCCCGCCGUGGAUCUGCCUGCCUAUCUAGAUAUAUAUAGUAGUAUUAGUAGUAGCGCUUGAUGGAAAUCGUUGGACUGUUGAUGGUUCGUGUGUAGUCGUGGUUGGUUUGUAAGAGGAUGUCCCCGUGGUGCUACUUUUGCCUGGUCGAUCUGAAUAUUAAUGGAACAAUAUCUGCUACUCCGAAUUUGUCUUGAAUCAUAUCAAGAGUAGUUAUAUUUUGA